CACACUCAUCUCAUCAUCUCGUCAUUUCCACUGCACGAGAGAUAAAGGGAAUUUAAGUUGGAGAAGAAGUGGAUGCAAAUGAGGCUCAUCAUCACAUCAUCCUCAACAAGAGCAGCAUAAACGGGUGUGUGUGGUUGGUGGUGUGGGCAUAAUAAUAAUAACAGAACUUGUCGUAACAGAAGAAAAGAGGAGAUAAAAUUUAAGGGAUUGAUGAUGAGUCUUAUUUCCAACCAGCAAAAAGGUGUUGGGCGAGAUGAGAAAGUGGAAAGUAGUGAAUUGAACAUAAAAGUCAGCUCUCAGAGGCCGAAGGAAGACGAGACAUAAGCAAAAUACACCCUAGUAUCAGAUCAUCAGCAGCAGAAACCACCACCACCACACCACCGAUUGAGUCUAUAUUCCUAGUUUAAAAAAUUAAUAAAAGUGACCCCACUGGGGGUGGUUUCAUCGAAGGGGUGGUUAUUCACGUAGUCGUCGUAAGGAGAAAGAAUUGUGUACAAACAGAAACGUGCGAGGAAGAGUUGACGGAAGUAUAUAUCUCAACAACGUAUGUUAGGAUAACCAACUUUGGGAGGAAUUAAAUUGUCAAUAAGUCAGAGAUAGGAUAACAGCAAGAGUCACAGUGACCAGUGUUUACCCGAGAAGAUAAGCUAUGAAAUGGAUAUGAUAAUGAUGAUGACUACUACUCAUCCAUCUGGAAUCUGCUGAACAUUUCGCUACUCUACAGUUAAACAGUUUUUUGUUAUCAUGAACAUGAACAUGAUGAUAUUCACGCUAAUUGAAGUUGAAGUUGACGAACGACGACGACAACGAUCCAUUCUCAAAGGCUGCAGAUGAAGAAUAGACAGAUAAAAGCUUAGUGUCUGUCUCUUGCUCAUGAAAUUAUUUAAGCUAUGCAAAAUUUCUCAUUAUUUCCUCCGACUGAAGAAGAGAAAUGGAGAUAUACUUACGGUAGACAAUAAAGCGAGGAAGUAGCGUGUAAGACAAAGAAGAAUUCAAAAUGGACUCACGAAGAACGGUUUCCCCAGAGUCCGCCUUAGCGUCAGAUAUAUUUGACAAGUUUUGUAGUGCAAAUACACUCAGGGGGAUUUUGAACCUGUAUCGGCAGUUAUGUUCCGUUACGAGAACGAAACCAACUCAUUUUCCUGAUUUCUAUCCGAGACUUCGAGCUAAACUUUGUUCUUGGAGAGCUCAAGGGUUGUGGUCAAAAUUCGAAAAACGGGCAGCUCAAAAGUGCUAUGGGAGAGGGAAAGCUUGUUAUGGAACACGGGUUCUCAUUAUCGGAGCUGGUCCUUGUGGACUCCGUGCUGCAAUCGAAGCUCAACUAUUAGGUGCAAAAGUAGUGCUGGUAGAGAAGAGGGAUCGAUUUUCUAGAAAUAAUGUGCUUCAUCUGUGGCCCUUCGUAAUAACGGAUUUGAAAGCUCUCGGUGCAAAAAAGUUCUACGGCAAGUUUUGUGCAGGCUCAAUCGAUCACAUUAGCAUUCGUCAAAUUCAAUGCAUUCUUCUCAAAGUUGCUCUACUCCUCGGGGUCGAAGUGCAUGAAGGGGUUGGGUUCGAAGGGCUUCGUGAACCCACUGAACAUGAAGGCUGGAGAGCUUACAUUUCGCCCUCCGAUCAUCCAGUGUCCCAUUACACGUUUGAUGUUCUUAUCGGAGCAGAUGGGCGCAGAAACACGUUGGAUGGAUUUAAAAGAAAAGCACUCCGAGCCAAACUUGCCAUUGCUAUUACUGCAAACUUUAUUAAUAAGCAUACUGAGGCUGAAGCCCGGGUGAAGGAAAUUAGUGGUGUUAGUUACAUUUUUAAUCAAAAGUUCUUUCAAGACUUGUGUGAAGCUACUGGAAUCGACCUGGAGAAUAUUGUAUACUACAAGGAUGAGACGCAUUAUUUCGUCAUGACUGCGAAGAAGCAGAGUCUUCUCAACAAGGGUGUUCUUCUGCAUGACUAUGCGGAUACUGCAAAACUUUUAUCCCAUGAGAAUAUAAGUACCGAUGCACUCAUGGUGUAUGCCUUAGAAGCCGCCACGUUCGCCACCGAAUACCAACUACCUGAUAUUGAGUUUGCCGUCAACCACUAUGGACAGCCGGAUGUCGGAAUGUUUGAUUUUACUGCAAUGUAUGCUGCAGAAAAUGCGUGCCGCGUGGUGCAAAAGAAGGGGCAUAAACUGUUGAUGACACUUGUUGGUGAUAGUUUGCUCGAGCCCUUCUGGCCGACAGGCAGUGGUUGUGCCCGAGGCUUCCUAAGUUCUUUCGAUGCGUGUUGGAUGAUUCGGAGUUGGACGAGUGAUGUAAAGUCUGUGUUAGAAGUUGUUGCGGAAAGGGAAUCAAUAUACCGUCUUUUGGGACAAACCACACCGGAAAAUUUACACAAAGAACACAUGGCUUAUACGAUAGAUCCGCACACCAGAUAUCCAAACUUGAAUCUUCGACUAGUUAUGCCAUUUCAAGUCAAAUCAUUAUACGAAGCUGAUGAAAAGAUACCUGACGUUCCGGAUGGUACAGUUGAUUCGGCACUUGAUGAUAAGACUCCCAAGAAACGCAGAAGAGAUUCCGUGAUCGCUAUUGAUUCUUUACUAAGCUGGAUGCGAGAGCAGGUUGUGUGCUACAAUCUGGAAGUUAUUGACGUUCGAGAGGCCUUCGUUCAAGGAGAUGUACUUUGUGCAGUAAUUCAUCGCUUCCGUCCUGACCUCAUCGAAUUCCCACUACCAUCCGAAGAAAAUGUGGAUCCACUCACUACGGCUGCAUUUAGAAAUCAAUUAGCAUUUGAUAUUUUGCAUCAGGAAUACGGUUUGCCACAUGCGAUGAGCGGAUACGAUUCUGUGCAAUUCGGUUCAUCCGAGUUUUUAACACUUGUUACUUAUCUGUCUCAAAUAUACGAAAUUUUCCGUGGAGAAAUCCCACAGACAAAAUAUUUUAAAUCGGAGAGUGGUGACGAAUUGGAAGAAAAUGUACACCACAAUACGGACCAUUUACUUCGAAUAGCUAUGACAGCAAAGCACCACUUUCCUCAUAAAACAAUUGUGCGGAAAGGGAGGCUUUCCUCUGGCGGUGAUAGUAGUGAACCAUAUCGGAAGCACAAAAAGCGUAGAAGUGAUGAAAGGGCCGCUGCUCGAAUUACUACCGGGAGCUCUGGAGAGAUCCGACCUGGUGCUAAUCACACAUUAUCGGCCAAGAUAGUUUCGAAAGAAAGUCGCAAACUGCAGGACCGUCUCUUCGAUGUUGAGCGUUUCAUGAAGAGCAUGAGACUUCUGCAGCUGAAUAAAAGCUCAGAUUCCAUAGACGAAGAAGAGGAAGAAGAGACUGAAUUUCGUGAUGUGACGUUACAUUUGUAUCGUCAAACUGUCCCGGACUUUGAAGAACGGAAAAAAUUUCUCGAGCAGAAAUUAAUAGGUCGAGAAUCGAAAACUGUUUUCGGCAAAAGUUUAACCCAAAGCAAAACCCAGUCGGACAGCGAAAAACUGGUUCCAGGCUUAGCGAAAGACUUGGAAGCAAAAUUUAAGGGCCGAACAACAAUUGAAAAGCAGAAACCCAAAGACUUAAUUCGUGCAAUUGGUAAAAUUGAAAAGAGUGAUUGGAACGUACAACUAAUUGAAAAGAAAAUGGCUGAAAUCAAGUCAGUUUCAACGAGCAAAAAAGAUCGAGAAAAUAAAGUCCCAAGAUGGUCCCGAGAAGCCUAUGACGACAAGCGAGACGCAAUGAAGCGUAAGAUGGACGGUGCAACUACUUCUAGUCAACAACCUGAACAAGUUCUUGACGAAACUUUCAAAAAACUUGGCAACAAAUUGAAACACGGGAACGCUCUUGAUAUUGGACAGCGAGGGUGCAAUAAAGUCUCUGCCAUGGCUGAACAACUCAUCCAUAAACUGGAAAGGCCAAACAUGGGGGAAACGUCUCAACCAAAGCAAUCCGCUUCUACUCGGCAGGCGUUCGAGUUGCCGAAAAAGGGAAGAGUCGACUUGUGUCACUUUUGCAAAGAACGAGUCUACGUGGUCGAGAGGAUGACAGCGGAAGGGAAAUUUUUCCAUAGAAAUUGCUUUCGCUGUGAAUAUUGCAAUAUGUCUCUUCGCAUUGGAAAUUACGUAUUCGAUCGGGAAGGACGCUAUGGCGAAAGAUUCUACUGCUCUCCACAUUACACAACCAUCCGAAUGUGCGGCUGGAAGAAGUUUGACAACGGUCGAGUCGAAGAUGUCAAUAAAUAUGGGGGAGAAGUGCACAACUUGCUUGGAAAUCGACCUUCUAGUCAGCAGAUUUUAUCGGAAAUGGAUGAGAGGGGUACAACUCCUGAGAGAGUCGAGUUUGAAAACUCUGUUGACUUCGCUUCAGAGGAAGAACUUCUUAAUGAAAUGGACGAGGAUGAAUGGACGGAUAGAAACUUUGGACUUUCCAACGCUGAUAAUACGUCUGAUGAAGCUUCGGAUUUAAGUGAUGAUGAAGAAGUUACUCCUGAGGGCAACAAUGAUGCUCCGAAUAUUGCUCUGGCAGAUGCAGAGAAAGAAGGUGCCGUUCCAGUCAAGCCGACUGAAACUGAAAGUUCAGACUCGGAUACAGAAGUGGCUUCAGAAGAUGACAACGGGGAAGUUGGUGACGAGUCUGACAAUGAAGAGGAAGAAGAGGAAGAUGACGACGAAUAUGAUGAAGAUGAAGAGGACGAAGAAGAGGAAUGUGGUGGUAGUACUACGGAAAUAGAAACAGACUCGGAAUUUGCAGAAGAUCCCCCAAAUAGUGUACCAGGAAGUAUUCCUACAAUCGUAGUAGAUGCUCCAGAACAGUUGGUCACUAAACUUGUAGAUACUGGAUUAAUAAACCACGCGAAACAUGUUCACCCAAAAGAACCAAAGCCCUCUGAACACCGAGAGAAGGGAUCUCAUCAUACUCAGAAAUUCAGAGAUUUGUAUUACGAUAACAAUGUUGAACUGGUAAAGAAAGGAGGGCCCGAGAGACAGCUUCCAGUUGUGACUGGUGUACCCAAAAAAUGGGAACCAAAUCCUGAACGACUCGCUUCUAAAGUUUCUCUAGAGUUGAAAAAGAAAUAUCUCCAAGGGAGUAGCAUUCCGCCGGUUGGGACGAACCCCAAAAAGGCCGACCCUCAGCAACAGAACCAAUUUCGAAGUGUUUUGGACAUGAUCUCGGAGCAGCAGAAAUUGCUCCAACCUGCUUCUAAACCUUCUGCUACGAUGCAAGCUUUUUUAGACGGUGCUGAUAAGUUGAAGAACAAAACCACUGCGGCUGGGAUUGUACCAAUCCCUUUAAAUCGAAAUUUAGUUUCUGGCCAAUCAGUGAAUCUGAAUCAAUCUGAAGCUGUCGAAAAAUUGGCAUCGGCUGCCGACGUAAAUCUUGUAGCAACGCUGCAACAAAAUAAUGGAAAUACCGUCAUCCAACCAAUCAGCCCAAAUGAACCAACUACUGGAGAUACAGAGAAAACCCUGAAGGAUACGACGAACUUAAUCAUCAGUUCGCUUCACAGUGGUAAUUCACAGGAUUGCAAGAACGAUCUAGAGAAACAAGAUUUAAUUCCAGAAUCCAUAGUUAGCAAAUGUGACGCGAAUAGUGUUAUGACCACCUCGUCCGAAGUUUCAAAUAAUAAAUUAAUGGCGGAAGAAAUUUCGGGAAUUAUGACCUCAGAUACUCCGUCUUUUAGCACUUCCGAGACAGGGUCCAACAAAACGGUGAUAGAUGCAAAUGACUACCUGAUUUCUAGAAAUGUUCCGGAUCCUGGGAAUGAGCAUGAAGAAGUGGGAAGUGGAAGUGAUACAGAAGUUGGGUCUGAACCCUACUCUGACCUGGACGACUUGGAUGAAGAUGAUCUUCCUCACAGAGUAGUUCAUGAGCCUCCCAGAGUUGAAAUUGAGGACGAGUUUGGCGUGACAAAACCGAUGGAUCCUCCACCAAUUGGGACGAAAGAUCAUUUGGAUAAAUCGCCCACUGGUCAUAGUUCAUCGGAUUCAUCCUUAAAUUCGGGAAUUUUUUUGGAAACGGAAAUGUCAGACUACGUUAAAGAUGAAAGCGUUGCUGCAGAACGUGCUGCUUCGGCAAAGAAGCGACUAACAGGAAGAAGAAGCUUAACCAAAAAAUGUAAGCAAGAUAUUCACCAACAACGACAAACCGUGGGAAAACUAGAAGAUUCUCCCCGCACGAAAACAAAUUUUGAACUUGAAGGAUUAGAUUUCGUUGACAUUGAUGGUGGCAGCAGUCCAGACGAUUUUCGUGACAUCAAUGAAAUAGGGUUUGGCAUACGUGAUAUUAAUCCUCCUCCAGUAGGGGCGAUGAAAAUACAACAAAACACUAUUUCUGCCCCUCCACUGGACACUUUUGCGCCCACGUGUCAUCCAAAAAGUCAAAGUCCACCCAUUACCUCACCUUCCGAGGAUGAUGAGAGGUCAUCCACGUCCACCAGAGAUCCUCAAGAUCAUUCCACUUCUGACGCAGAGCUAUCCGACAGUUUAAAUAAUUGUUUAAAGAAUCGAAACAAUAUCUCGGAAGUAAAAUUUUAUAACGAUAUUUUCUCUUCGAAACACAUGCCGACCACAACGGAUAAACUUCCCUCAUUGGAAAGAGUUGUUCCAUUUUCUGGUGCACGAGAUUCGUUGGACUAUAGGAAAGCACGAGGAGUGUCGACUAAUUUAAGAAACAAAGAUCUAUACUCGACAUAUUCAACCCCGUCCACAAAACCCCUCGGUUCUGAACCCGAGGUAAUUGUAGCAUUCUCAUCCGUGCAGUUUGACGAGGACAGUGGAGUUCCAAGUUUAGAGGGUGGACAAGACCUAUCCAGUCUUCCCGGAUCAACGGACGACAGCAACCGUUCUUCUGGCUCCCCUUCUACGACAAGAAAACUACACGAGAUCCGUCAAGAACGAGUAAAACAGAAUGAUCUGAUUCGGUCCAUGGUGCUAGGCAGAAUUAAGCGAAGUCCGGACAAAACCAUUCGCAAGAAUUCGAAAGGCUCCUCGUCUGGAACUUCACUUAAUCUAGAGAAAUCGGGUGAUGAAGAAGCGGACUCACGCAUAAGUUCGGAUACAUCACAGUAUCACGACGACAAUACAACGUCAGAAGACUGUGAUAAUAAUGAAUCCACGUCCAGAGGAACCGCAAAACCUAAUCUUCACCACCAUCAUAACAACUCUUCAACAGACAUCUCAAGCGGUCAUGACAUUCCUCACAAGCCGAUGGCAGAAUCAAAUAGCAACUCCAAUUCUGACGACUCUUCUGGAUCUCAAUCAGCAAAAGCAUUGUUGACCACUCAAGCAGUUCACUCUGCAUAUGAGCCAGUAUUUACAUCCUCACCUAGAUUUCGAAAUCGACCCAAAUUUGAUGUUGUAACUAAUUCCCAGCAACAACAACCACAGGCUAAAACUGAGCCACCCACGCCGACUCACGCCAUCCCUGCAGACAUGCCUUAUCCAUCAAUUAAUUCCUCAAAAAACAACGAAACUAGUUAUACAACUCAAAACCCUCUCUUUUGCAGAUCAAUGCCUAAUCUCAUUAAUCUUUUACCAAAAAACAACCACACUGCCGUCCACCACGACGAUGAGAGUAAUGGUAUUCUGCCAAACACCACACAAAACAAGUCAUCAUCUGCAGCUAUGUAUCAAACAAGUGCUCCAAGGUAUGAGCAUCCUUCAAACCUAGUGGGAGGAGCAGGAGGGGGCCAAUCUUCGAAAAUCAAUCCAUUCCUCGUGUCUUCGUAUGGACCAGGAGAGGAGCAGAUUCAGUCAUCAAAUGAUCCCGGCGAUGACUUUCUUAGUCUCCACCUCAAACUACGAUCAAAAGAUCAGCUAGGAAGCCAACGAACGGCAGAAAAGUCACGAAGCGUUUACUCCGACUCCUCCAAAGAUUACUCUGAUUCAGGAUACGGUCAUACGGGCAGUCAUCCCUCCUCCGUGAUGACCAUGAGGUUCCAACAUACCCAACUUCCUGACCAAGAUUUUUCCUUGGUGCCCCAAGGGUGGGGCAGGAACGAAAUCAGGCCCAGGUCAAAUACCUUGACGGAUUUUGAUGGCAAGACUCACUCGCCAGUGACAUUGCCAAAUUUCAACGCUUCAAAGAGCCACGUUCAUCCAAAUUCUCGUCAUUCUAUAGACAAUUCUGAUGCCAGUAGUAAGUCAUCAUCCAACAAGGCUAAGGCUUUCAGCUCCGAUACCUUGGUUGAUGCUUCCCCAUUAUCGGAAAGCAGCAGAAGAACCAGUGUGCCCGACAUUAGUGGGAGUGGCAGGAGUAACGACGUUGUCAUGAGAAUGAAUAAAGGAAGAAAGGGAAAAGAUCGGGACCGUCGACGGAGCUUGAUCCAAACCGUGUCAGACUUUUUCACAAGUCGCACCACCCAAAAUAAUACUUCGACCAACGAUAAAUCUCCUCCCAACACUUCUUUAACCACGUCAACGUCAUCGUCAAGCAUCAUGUCUCCAACGAAAGACAAGUUUUCUCUUUUUAAACUAACUCCAAAACUGCUGCAGAAUAAGGACAAGAAAAACUCGUCCAAAUCGAAGGAGUCCGUGGUUGUUUCGCCCCUUGCUUUAUCGGGACAGUCUGCAGAGGGCAGAUCAAAGACUGAUUUCACAACAUAUCUUUCUCAACCAGAUUUGCAAAUUCAACGCUUGUCCUCCAGCCCUACCAAUAACAUAUACAAGGCAGAAAAACAACAGGACGACGAAAAAGACGUUGACGAGUGCGCAGGAAAUUUGUCAAAUUUGUCCAUAAUGGCUCCGGGGUCGUCACGACGGGCCAAUUUAUCUUCUGCAAAGGAGACAGAUCGUUCCAAGAGAGCAAUGACCAGAGCUCGAGAAAUUGAAGAAAUUCAGCUCCAAUUAGAAUCCAUCGAAACGGAUCAGAGGUCUUUGGAGGCUGCAGGAGUAAUAAUGGAAAAGAAAUUAAGGGGAGAGGAAGUUGAUGAAAAUGGCCGAAGUGAUGAUGAAAUCAUGGACGAAUGGUUUGCCCUUGUCAGGGACAAGACCAAGCUGGCUCGUUUCGAAAAGGAGCUCUUGGUAAGAGCUCAAGAACUGGAAUUGGAGGUUCGGAGAGAGCAGCUAGAGGAACAGUUAGAAGUCUCAUUAUCCAUCCCAGACAAAUCUCCGAAUGAUACACAGCGAGAGAAUGACAUCAUGUAUGAGCUACGUAGGCUGAAAGACCAGCACGUUCGCCUUUUGGACACCAUACAUUCUGAUAUGGAACGAUAUACAUCCGAAGACGUAACAACUUUAAAUCCGGCAUUUUCAAUUUCUCCUGGAAAUUCAAGGUUGGAAUCCGAUGUAUGAACUGUAUUGUGAGACCACAAACGCAAAUCUUUUAAAAAUUGAAUCCCAGAGACGAGGUAUCACCGUCACAUCUGAAAAUUUAUCGUAAAUUAAUCUUACAUGAAGUCGAAUCGAAAAGAAAAACUUGCAUUUCCCGCUUUGGGUUUAAUUAAUUAAUUAUACUUAAUAUGAAACUAUUUAUUUAUUUAUUCCGCAUCUGUGGAGUAAAAUGCGUUGUUAAACUUAAAAAAAUAAAGGUGUGAUAAGUUUAAUAUGAUACUAAUAAUAUGCACAACGUGGUAAAAAAAAGUAGGAACAGACAACAAAGAGAAUCGCAGUUACCGGACAAUGUACCUCUGCUCAUCAGCUUAGAUUCAAGCUCAGAGCAUCUGAUAGAUAAUGCUAUUUAUUACUAUUACUACUACGCCGGAGUAUUUUUUUCAAAUAUGUAGAUUAUAAAUUAUGAAACGUUUUUCUUGUAAAUCAACAUAGUGUACAGAAUAUUAGUUGUGCUUUUGUACAUUGCAUGCAUAUGCAGUAACUGCCUGACAAUAAGACAACGCAAUUUUCAUUAAUAUUUAGUGCUGCCGUUUGCAUUUUGAUCGUAAAAUCCACAUGUAAUGGAUAAGAGUAUACAACAGUCUUAACACGAUGAUAUGCAUUUGAAGGAAAAUAUUGCGUGCCUUGUUUUGAUAAUUUAUAAAAUUCGCAAUAUAAAAUAUAGUUCAAACGGAACUAAUGCAUAGCCGAUUUUGAAAUAGAACUAAAAUUAUAAAAUUGUGAAAAAGAAUCACCACCGAGUUCAGUUCAUUAAUUCAUCGAUACUUUUUUGCCUAGUGAAACUAUUACAUUCAGAUCCAUGCACUUCCGCUUUAACUCGCUCGCAAAUAAUUGUGCUUAAAAACAGAAAAA